CAGGAGGUGGAGCUGCGCCAGGCCCCGCCUCAGAAGACUGCCCGGGGCAGGCUUCCCGGAGAAGGCUGCCGGGGCGGGCAUGGCCGCCGUUUGGCAGCAGGUGCUGGCCGUGGAUGCAAGGUACAACGCAUACCGCACACCCACCUUCCCACAGUUCCGAACCCAGUACAUCCGCCGCCGGAGCCAGCUGCUGAGAGAAAAUGCCAAAGCGGGCCAUGAGCCUGCUGUGCGGAGGCAGUACCUGAAGCUGAGGGCCCAGCUGCUGGGCCAGCGCUAUGGACCUCUCUCCGAGCCAGGGAGCUUCCGCGCCUACAGCAACAGUGUUGUGCGAAGUAGUCGAACCACACUGGACCGAAUGGAGGACUUUGACGAGGACCCCCGGUCCCUGGGGGCGCGAGGGCACCGCCGCUCAGUCAGCCGUGGAUCCUAUCAGUUGCAGGCCCAGAUGAAUCGGGUCAUCUACGAUGAGAGGACACCAGGCAGCGUCGUGCCCACGUCAGUGGCAGAGGCCAGCCGGGCUAUGGCUGGGGACACUUCACUGAGUGAAAACUAUGCUUUUGCUGGGAUGUACCACGUCUUUGACCAGCAUGUGGAUGAGGCUGUUCCCAAAGUCCAGUUCGCCAACGAUGACCGCCACUUGCUCGCCUGCUGUUCCCUGGAUGGCAGCAUCUCUGUGUGCCAGCUGGUACCUGCCCCUCCUGUGGUCCUGCGUGUGCUCCGUGGGCACUCUCGUGGUGUGUCUGACUUUGCCUGGUCUCUGUCCAAUGACGUCCUCGUCUCCACCUCGCUGGAUGCCACCAUGCGCAUCUGGGCCACCGAAGAUGGCCGCUGCAUCCGAGAGAUCCCCGACCCGGAUGGAGCUGAACUGCUCUGCUGUACCUUCCAGCCAGUCAACAAUAAUCUCACCGUGGUGGGCAACGGGAAGCACAAUGUGCAUGUGAUGAAUAUCUCCACCGGCAAGAAAGUGAAGGGCGGCUCCAGCAAGCUGACUGGGCGAGUGCUGGCUCUGUCCUUUGAUUCCCCUGGACACAUCUUAUGGGCUGGGGAUGAUCGAGGAAGCGUCUUCUCCUUCCUUUUUGACAUGGCUACGGGGAAGCUCACCAAAGCCAAGCGGCUGGUGGUACACGAAGGCAGUUCGAUCACUAGUAUCAGUGCCCGGUCCUGGAUCAGUCGGGAAGCCCGGGACCCCUCUCUACUCAUCAACGCCUGCAUCAACAAGCUACUCCUGUACAGGGUGGUGGAUAACGAGGGCACUUUGCAGCUAAAGAGGAGCUUCCCGAUCGAGCAGAGCAUGCACCCCAUCCGAAGCAUCUUCUGCCCCCUCAUGUCCUUCCGGCAGGGGGCCUGUGUCGUCACAGGCAGUGAGGACAUGUGUGUCUAUUUCUUUGAUGUGGAAAGGGCCACUAAGGCCAUUGUCAACAAACUGCAAGGCCACAGCGCAGCUGUGCUGGACGUCAGCUUCAACUGUGAUGAGAGCUUGCUGGCUUCCAGUGACGCUGGUGGAAUGGUCAUUGUGUGGCGCCGGGAGCAGAAGUAGCCCCAGUGACCUGAGGACGGGCACAGCCAUUGGUGGCAGGGAGGAGUGGGGAGAACUGAGACAGGUGGAAAACUUUGUAAAGAAUAAAAAUCCAUGUCUGGUG